AUGUCAAAUUCCAGUUAUGAUGAAGAGGUGGAGGAAGAGGUUGAUGAAAUGAUCGAGGAGGAAGUUGAGAACAUUGUUCAGGAGAUUCAACACCAUUACAUUCAUACGGAAGAUUUACCAUCUCAAGUAUUCAGAAGAAAUUACGUUGAUAGAGACCGGGAAGGAGGCCAUAUUCAGUUAUGGAAUGAUUACUUUAGUGAAUCUCCAACUUACACUAACGCUAUGUUCCGCCGACGGUUUAGAAUGAAUAAACCGUUAUUCUUGCGUAUUGUUAAUACUCUGGAGAAUGGAGUACCGUACUUCGUCCAAAGACGAGAUGCAACUGGAAGACUCGGUCUUUCCGCGCUUCAAAAAUGUACGGCAGCUAUUCGGAUGAUGGCAUACGGAUGUGCGGCAGAUGCGGUGGAUGAGUAUUUACGUCUUGCUGAAACCACUGCGCACAAAUGCCUUGAAGCUUUUGUAGACGGAGUAAUAACUUUUUUUGGAGAUGAGUACCUCCGAAGGCCUACAGCAGAAGAUCUCCAACGAUUAUUGAAUAUUGGAGAACAUCGCGGAUUUCCCGGAAUGGUAGGGAGCAUAGAUUGUAUGCAUUGGGAGUGGAAAAAUUGUCCAACAGCAUGGAAAGGACAAUAUUCACGUGGAUCUGGAAAACCGACAAUC